AUGCAAAAAAAAGGGUUUUUUGAUAUUGAAAAUGGAUUUAGAAGCAUUGAAAACCUAGAAACUGUAAAAAAUUUGGGAGAAAAUGCAAAAUUGAUUAAACAAAUAAAUUUUCAUGAAAAGAUACGUGAGGCAUCUUCUCUAAAUGAUGUUUGUUUUCAGACGAGAUUUAAUGAAUUGUAUAAUAUGGGGCCAUUUGGAUAUGACUUAAUUGCUCGUAUUGCAGAGAAAAUUAUGUUAAGGAGUCAGGGGAUAAAUAAACCUUUUAGUGAUAAAUUGAUGGAUUCUGAUGAUAAUAAUGGAGAUAAAAUGAAAAAACAUGAUGAUAUCUGGUUGGACGAUGAUAUUUUAUAUUAUUCGAAAGAAAUGUCAUGGGAUGUAUUUAAGAAUCCAUCGUUAAAGCCAUAUAUAAACCCAUUCAUGACGGAAAAGUCUAUGCAUAUAUUUGAUCUUUUAUUAGUAAAAAAGUUAAAUCAUAUUUAUUCAUCACAAGAAGCUGGGAUAUUAGUAGACCCAUUUUUGUUAUGUAAAUCUCUUUUAUUACUUUCUCUUGGAGAAUCUUCAUCUCUUUUUUCUUGGGAUAAAAAGCGUUUGAGGUUUUUUUUAUUAAUUGAAAAUUUAAAAGUAACAGGUUGUACAAAAGAAUCAACCAAAAGUAUAAUUAAUUUUUUUAUGAGUAUUGGUACACAUACAUCUAGGCUUCAACUUUUUAUUAAUUCUAUUAAAAAGAAUGCAUUAAAUUACGAUCCCUGUGUUUUAGCAUUUGUUUCCUGUAUUACAGAAAUACUGAGAAAUUAUAAUGAUACUUUUGUUUCAGAUUUAAGCGAUAUUAAAGAACCGCUUUUAUUACUAAAUUGUGUUCAAAAAUAUAUAGAUAUUGAAGAAUGUAUAAGAAAAUUGGCUGCUUUGUGUUUUAGAGAUUUGGAAAUGUUUCCCGAGCCACCUUUUCAUGAAAUAAAACAAGGAAUCGACUUAUUAAAUAUCCUAUAUACUUUUGUGUAUAAGAAUUCAUAUACAGGAAAAAAAUAUAUUUUGUCAGUAUCAAGAUUUUUGCUUAAAUAUUCAAGUUGUCCAUGGUUAAAAAUGUUAGAACAAUGGAUCGGUUUUCAAAGAAAAACACCUAAUGAAAUGGAUUUAUGGAAAGAAGGAAAAAAUUCUGGAUUUUUUAUUCACGAAAUAAAUACUUAUUUUGAAAAUAAUAUAAAUUUAGAUGACUGUUUUAAGAUAGAUAAUAUAGAUUGUCGUUAUCUUCCAAAAUCUUUUUUUCAAAGUGUUUAUAAUACAGGAAAAUCUAUUAGACUUCUUUAUAAAAUCCAGCCUGAUCAUCCUUUAUGUAGAAUAUUAUAUAAAAAAAUAAAUCAGCCAAACAUAAAUAUUCAAUUAGAAUGGAAAUUUUAUUGGGAAGACAUAAAUGAUUUAAUUAAGCAAAUGAAGUUAUAUAAGGAAAUUAUGGAAACAGAAAUUAAGAAAUUUGAAAAUUUUAAUAAAUAUGAUGAAACAAUAGACUUAGAAAAAAUGGAAAAGCUUCAAAAAAUAUCUGAAUUUGAAUUUUUUAGUCAUUCAAAACAGGAAAUUGUUGAUUCUAUUAAAAAAUCAAUUAAUCUUUUUGAAAGCAAUAUUACAGAUAAACAUAUAUUACUAUUUAAUAAAAAUAUGAACAUAGCACAUUUGGAGGAAGACAUAGUGCCAAUUGACCUAGUGUCUAUGCAUUGUUUUAUAAUACCAUUAAUUGUUCAAUCUAAUUUAGUAAAUAGUGCUAUCAUGAAAUUAUUUAUUAAGGAUGUAGAAUUAGAACGUCAUUUUUCAUUACUUUGGAAGGCUAAAUUAUUUAAAGAUGGGUUGUUUGUAUUAAAUCUUUCAUAUGCUUUAUUUGGUUAUGCAUUAGAACAUAAUAAAUAUUCAUUAGAGUUAAAUUUUAGAACAGGACUUAAAGAGCAAUGGCCUCCUAAAUCUGCUGAAUUGACAAUAGCAUUGCGAACUAUUUUAAUCGAUACUUUUGGGCAUGAAUUCCUUUUAAGUAAACAAGGAUUCGACACUGAAAGUACUUUAUUAGGUGGAUUGAGUUUUUUUAUUGAAGAAAUUGAUGAAUUAGAAUUUGAACAGGUUAAAGAUCCUUAUAAUAUAGAAGCACUUGAUUUUUUAAAAAUUGUUUAUACACCACCAUUUCCUUUAAACGAGAUUAUAACAAAUUCUUGCUUAAUUAAAUAUGAUCGAUUAACUAACUUUUUAUUACGUCUUAUACGAAUGAAUAAUGUUGUUGUAAAACUAUUUGAAAUUAAAACAAAUAAACAAAUGCUUAAUCAUUUCAAAAUAACUUUAGGAUUUCGUUUUCAUGCUCGUUAUUUUAUUUAUACUCUUUUUUGUUAUAUCUUUAAUAUCGUAUUACCUUUGAAUUAUCAAAAACUGAAAAAAUAUUUGACUAACAUUGAACUUAAUUCGUCUCAAUUCAUAUUUACUUCUUUAGUUGAUUUUCAUUCAGACAUUCUCGAUCAUAUUCUUUUUUCAUGUUUUCUUACUUCAUCUCAGGCGUCUUUAAUUCAUAUUAUUACAGAUAUCUUCUCAAUUAUUCUCAAUUUUUCAAAAACAUUUUUUUAUUAUCAAUCUCAUCUAAAUACAUUUGAUGUUAAUUCUCUUAUUUCUAUGACAAAUAUAUUAUAUCCUUCUCUCAUUAAACUCAUUACAAAAUUUGUUCAAAAGAUUCAUUAUUUGGCUAUCGAUAAGCAUAUUUAUACAGAACUUGAUGCUCUUUUCGUUACAAAAUAUCUUUAA